AUGUACUCCAAUUUAUACAGAAACAUUAAUAAUAGAAGUCCAAUACAUGUUAUGACUCCUAAAGAGCCGAAAUUCAUAGGAAGUAAGCCCUUACAAAUUUGGGACAAAAAGGUGAGAAAUGGGCACAUAAAAAGGAUCACAGAUAAUGAUAUACAGAGCUUAGUGCUUGAAAUAGUUGGCACUAAUGUCAGUACCACGUAUAUUACAUGUCCUGCCGACCCAAAGAAGACCCUUGGCAUCAAGCUGCCUUAUCUGGUCAUGAUAAUAAAAAAUCUCAAGAAAUACUUUACUUUUGAAGUCCAGGUUUUAGAUGAUAAGAAUGUUCGCAGAAGAUUCCGAGCCAGCAAUUAUCAGUCAACAACUCGAGUAAAACCUUUCAUUUGCACUAUGCCCAUGCGACUCGACGAAGGGUGGAACCAAAUCCAGUUCAACUUAGCCGACUUCACUAGAAGAGCUUAUGGAACAAAUUAUGUAGAAACACUCAGAGUUCAAAUUCAUGCAAACUGUAGAAUUAGAAGGGUUUAUUUCUCGGACAGAUUGUAUUCAGAAGAUGAAUUACCAGCUGAAUUCAAAUUGUUCCUUCCAAUACAAAAUAAAACCAAAGCUACUGUAGCUACAUAA